AUGGCUUCCAUGACCUCCAUCCUCUUGCGCUGCUCACUGCUACUUCUCCUCCUUGUCCAGUCCACACACUCCUCCGUCACCCCGAAGCCCAAGAACGCCAUUGCCGAGGAGCACAAGCCGGCUCACCCUUCGACCUCGAGCACCUACAUCGUCCUCACCAACCACCUCGCCAAGCCGUCCAAGUUCGACACCCUCGAGCGCUGGUACGCGUCCAUGGUGGGCAAGAACUCCAACCGCAUCCAGUACACCUACGGCACCGUCAUGCACGGUUUUGCGGCUCGUCUCACCGACGGCGAGGCCCAGCGCAUGGCGACCGUCCCCGGCGUGUCCCGCGUGUACAAGGACAGGCUGUACCACACCCAGACCACGAGGUCGCCGUGGUUCAUGGGCCUCCACGACGACUUCGGCGCGUGGCCGGGCGCCGAGUUCGGCGACGGCAUCGUCAUCGGCUUCAUCGACGGCGGCAUCUGGCCGGAGCGCGCCAGCUUCAGCGACACCGGGCUCAGCCCCGUCAGGUCCACCUGGAGGGGCAAGUGCGUGGACGCCCCGGGAUUCAACGCCAGCCUGUGCAACAACAAGCUCGUCGGCGCCAAGUUCUUCAUCACAGCCGAUGGCCUCGCUGAUUCGAGUCCGAGGGACAUCGAGGGGCACGGAACGCACGUGGCGUCAACGGCUGCAGGCUCCGAGGUUCCCUCGGCCGAUCUCUUCAAGUUCGCGGGCGGGAGAGCGAGCGGCGUGGCGCGCAGGGCAAGGAUCGCCAUGUACAAGGCGUGCAUUCCCAGGGGAUGCCGUUCCUCGGACGUUACCGCGGCCAUCGACGCCGCGGUGAGCGACGGCGUGGACCUCAUCUCCAUCUCCCUCGGAAGCUACGCGAAACCCUUCCACGACGACCUCCUCGCCGUCGCCACGUUCGGCGCUGAGCGCAGAGGUGUCUUCGUCGUCCUGGCAGGCGGCAACGACGGCCCGGCAGCGUCAACCAUAUCCAACGUGGCCCCGUGGAUGACCACCGUCGGCGCAGCCACCACGGACCGGGUGUUCCCGGCGACACUCAGGCUUGGCAACGGGGCGGUGCUCACCGGGCAGUCCCUGUACAACAUCCCGUUCUCCCAGGGCGCGGGCAUGAUCCCGCUAGUGCGCAGCGACUGCGGCGAGUACGACCUGACGCCCGACAGGGUCAUGGGCAAGUUCGUGGUGUGCCCCGAGGGUACACGAGCCGGGGCCGGCUUUUACGUGGAGAGAGCCGGCGGAGCCGGGAUAGUUUCCGCCCAAAGUACGGACCGGUUCAGGGAUGCGGUACUGGCCGAUCCCUUCGCCCUUCCCGGUCUCCUGCUCAGCUCCACCGGUGGCAAGAAGCUGGACGAUUACAUGUCGUCCGUAGCGUACCCGGUGGCGUCCUCGACCUUCACCUGCGUCACGGUCACCGGCGAGAACCGGGCGCCGAUGGUGGCGGGGUUCUCGUCUCGGGGCCCCAACCCGAUUGUCCCCGAGAUCCUGAAACCGGACGUCAUCGCGCCGGGAGUGAACAUCCUCGCUGCCUGGUCAGGAUCCGCCUCGCCAUCUCACUCCGAGAUGGACCCGCGGAGAGUGGAGUACAACAUCCUCUCGGGGACGUCGAUGGCGUGCCCGCACGUGGCCGGCGUGGCCGCCCUGAUCAAGAAGCGGCACGGCCACUGGACGCCGGCCAUGAUCCGUUCGGCGCUGGUGACGACCGCCGGCCCGCUCGACAAGGACGGCAGGGACAUCGUGGACAGCGGCAGUGCCGUCGGCGCCGCCCUCACGGGCGCGACGCCGCUGGCGGCCGGGGCCGGGUUCGUGCUCCCGCGGCUCGCCAUGGACCCGGGUCUGGUGUACGACGCCGGCACGCAGGACUACGUCGACUUCCUCUGCACCCUCAACUACACGGUGGAGCAGAUGCGGAUGUUCGUGCCGGAGCUGACCAAGUGCGCGACGACGAUCCCCGGCGGCGUGGCCAACCUCAACUACCCGUCGUUCGUCGUGGUGUUCGACGGCCGCACCCGCGUCCGCACGCUGACGCGGACGGUGACCUUGGUGUCGGCGCGCCCCGAGAGGUACAACGUGACGGUCGCCGCGCCCGACGGGGUGAAGGUGACCGUGACGCCGGCGACGCUGGAGUUCAGGUGGCCGAAGGAGAAGAGGAGCUACAGCGUGCAGUUCAGCAGCGAGGCGGGAGCGAAGGUGAGGCCGGCCGGCACGUGGGAGUUCGGCCACAUCUCUUGGGAGAACAGGAAGCACCGGGUCAGGAGCCCCGUCGCCUUCAAAUGGGACAACUGAUGCCAUGUAGGCCGGAGCACGUACUACGUACUGUAGUAGAAUAAGAGCGAGUCUGAUUGCCUGAACUCUGAGACUUGAGAGUGCCGGUAUGUUGUGAAACUUGAGAGUUUGAUCUGUAGUGAAGAAGAAUAAGAAGAAUCAGCAUUUGAUU